UCACUGCCAGCAAGUAAACAUUGAGUUUUUGACAGAUUUUGAACAGAUCAACAUAAGAAAUUUUAGUUCAGAAUUUGCAAAACUUUCACAAUUCAUUGCGCUUAAAUUAAAUUUACGAUGGCUGGAUCUGCUCUACGACGUUUGAUGGCAGAAUAUCGCCAAUUAACAUUGAAUCCUCCAGAAGGUAUCAUAGCUGGUCCCGUAAGCGAAGAAAAUUUUUUCGAAUGGGAAGCAUUGAUCACAGGACCAGAAGGAACUUGCUUUGAAGGUGGUGUGUUUACAGCGAAACUUGUGUUCCCUCCCGACUAUCCACUGAGUCCUCCCAAAAUGCGAUUCACAUGUGAAAUGUUCCAUCCAAACAUUUUCGCGGAUGGUAGAGUAUGUAUUUCCAUACUACACGCUCCUGGUGAUGACCCGUUAGGGUAUGAACUAUCUGCUGAACGUUGGAGUCCAGUCCAGAGCGUCGAAAAGAUUUUGCUGAGUGUCGUUAGCAUGCUAGCUGAACCGAAUGACGAAUCUGGAGCUAAUGUCGAUGCAGCCAUAAUGUGGCGUGAAAAUAGAGAAGAAUUCAACAAGAUAGCUAAACGAAUUGUCAGGAAAACAUUAGGUUUACCGUCAUAAAAAUAUAUUCAUCAUAUUGCUAAAAAGUGUUAUUUUUAUUUAUUUCCGUCUUAUAUUUAUACGUAUAAUGAUAAUAAUAUAUUUCCGAUCAAAUUUUG